UAUUGAGAAUGUCAGUCGCUAAGCAACCGCCAAAAAAUCAUCAUCAAACUCAAUGCCUCCCAAGUUAUUUUGCCUAAUCCUUUCGAUUCUGUUUCUGAAUCGGGUAACUUCGAUCUCUGCAACUUCUCUUGCGCCGUCAAUAGACGGAAAUGGUGUUCUGUUAGUGCCAUCCGAUAAUAAAUAUGACUUAAGAGUUAUGACAGAUGGAGCGACUCGAGAGGAGACUGUUGAACAGAUUUCCCCGGAUUCACUCCAAGUUAAGGGAACUUUUCGGCAGACUUUUCCAGGACCCAAGUACCUGCUGGUUAUUUAUGAUGCCGGGACUAACGGCUAUGUGGCCAAGUAUAUACUCUCCGUAACACAAUCCCAAAUUCAUCGUCUAAGCCCUGCCGCCUUAAAAACUGCCUCCGGGUGAAAAUGCAAUACAAAAUAAUAAACGAUAUAUAUUCCAGUUCGAAAAAUUCAUAUAUAUAUUUCCUAUAA